AAAAUGGUGCUGGAGGGCCGCUUCCAGGAGCUGGAGAGAACUCUUGACAGGGAGCGGGAGGUUUGGCAGCAGAAACUGUAUCAGAAGGAGCAGGAGUUGCUGAGCAUGAGAAGCCAGAUGUACAGCCAGCUGGAAGACUACGAGAACCUGCUGGACGUCAAGUUGGCUUUAGACAUGGAGAUCAAUGCCUACAGGAAGAUGCUGGAGGUGGAGGAACAGAGACUGCAGCUGUCACCGAGCCCAUCCCAGCGUACGGCCAUACCUCGAACACAUGAACACAGCAGCCGCAAGCUCAGAGGGAGGAAACGGAAACAUGAGGGCACCUCUGGCAGCUCGCCCGCCUAUAAAAUGUCAAGCCGUUCGACAGAGCACGGUGCUGUGAGCGUGGCAGAGGUUGACAUGGAUGGGAAAUAUGUUCGACUGAAGAACAACUCUGAGAUGGAUCAGCCACUGGGUGGUUGGGUGGUUCAGAGGAUGUACCCAGACUCUGGAGACAUCUCCUUCCACAUCCCCUCCUCCUGCAUCCUGGCUGGUGGGCAGACACUCACAAUUUGGGCAGCAGGUUCGGAGGCAGAAGCUGAUUCUGCGGACCUGAUUCUGCAGGGCCACAGAAGCUGGGGCCCAGUCACUGAUGUAAGGGUGAUCCUUUUGAACUCCAGCCAUGAAGAGGUAGCCGAGCGCAGGGUGUGUAUGCAGAGCAGAGGUGAUGAGGAAACUGAACUGGAGUUUGAUGAAGACUUUGUCGCAGGCAGCAACAUCCAGCACUUCCGGAGACAGCAGGAUCUAUCUAAGGAGGCGAGCUGUACCGUCAUGUGAUCUCUUGCUCGUCUCCUGCGGUUCUUCACGUCCACCUGGAAAAGCUGGACCAGCUCUGGCCUCAGGAGUCUGCCGCUAUCUGUUUCGAGAAUUAUCAUUCAACGAAAUCCACUCU